UGGGCGAGCGCGGCGCGGCGCGGCGGCCCCGCGAGUGCUGCAGUGAGGGAGGCGAGGAGGGGGGAGAGAGAGGGAGAGAGAGCGAGGCAGAGCGCGGCUCCAACUGUUGAAUUUUCCCUGAAUUCUCCACUUACCUGCGGGCGGCUGGUGAAAUGGAUCUGGUUUAUCGGAGAUCGGCGUUCGCUCCGCGUGCUGCCUGGCUAAGACUGGCGACCCUCUGUUUGCAAGGGGCCACCCAUCAAUGAGGCAGAGAAGAAUAAUUGUUUUUUCUUCUUUUUGCGUUUGAAAGCCUCCCUGCCACACGUUGCAGAAUUAACUGUGUACUUUGGGUCCGGACUCAAAUAAAGGAGAAAAAACAGUGCAGAACUGAGACUCGGAACUAGAUCUGUGAGCUAUGUAUUGGAAACCUAUGUUUUUAUUGCGUUUUUUUUUCCUUUUAAUGUGAAAGAUCUCUGAUAUAUUUCACACAUAACACUGAGGAAAGGUGGUUAAAAACACUCAGCAAAACAGGAGACAGACGCGCCUCUGUGCCAGUGAGUGGAUAACAGCCUUGUUUUCCUGAUCCUCAGUCUCCCGGAGAAAGAGGAAACAGUGACCCAGGGUGUACGAGACAGAGAGGGGGGAAAUACCGACGGCAGCGAGAUGCAGCUCUCCGCCGCAAGCAAUGCAAGAUUAGAUCUCUAAAUGCAGCAAAACACUCCCUGAAAACCAACAACCCCGCGGUGCAAUCAGACAUUUCACUGCCGCUCACUGCACACGAAGAGGGCUUCAACAACAAGCUGAGACUUUUUUUUUUUCCCUUCUGUCUCUCUCCUACCCCUCCACUCCAUCAAUCGCAUCACAAGCGAUGAGUAGCAAAUAAGCUUUUUUACCUCUGCUACAGACCUGUGACCAUCCCCUUCUUCUAUGUAUAUAUAAAUACACAUAUUUAAGAAAUAUUUCUGAUCGUUUUUAGAACCACAACCACUGUCGCCGGUUUUUUUAUUAUUGUUAUUAUUUUUAUUAUUCUUUGUACAUCUGCGGGGAUUCAAGGGUCGGGAACACAUCGCCUGCCCGGAGGAGAAGAUCUUUUGCAAAUUUUCUGAUUUUUGAAACCCUCCCACUGCCGAAGUUGGACAGACGAAGUAACUGUGAGGGGACUGUAAGCACGGCAAGCUCUUGCUGAAACGCUGCCGAAGCUGCUCCCUCCCCUCCCCCGACCCCCCCGAUUGCUCCCUCCCUCUGAGCUACAUGGUCUAUUUGCUGCCUCUCAUCCUGUGUCUCUGCAGAUGUUUUAGAGCAACAGGUUCAGGAACUUGAAAUAUAGGGGUGGGGAAAGAGAAGGGGAAAAAAAAAUCAAAACCAAAAAGGAAGGAAAGAGAGAGCCGUCAGAGGAGGAAGGGCAACCCCAGCGCAGGAGGCAAAGAAGACGGGGACAACCCUGGUCGUCGCUGCUGCUCCUGCCGCCCCCACCCCUGCUCGGGGAUGUACCUUUCCAUUUGUUGCUUCUUCUUCUGCUGGGCUCCCGCCCUGUCGCUGAAGAACCUGAAUUACUCGGUGCCGGAGGAGCAGGGAGCGGGCACGGUCAUCGGGAACAUCGGGCGCGAUGCGCGGCUGGCGGCAGGCGCGCCGGGAGGCGGGAUGCUGCCCGCGGAGCGCGGCGUUCCCGGCGGCGGCCCCGGGGGCGGCCGCGGCCCCAAGUCCACCUUCCGGGUGCUGGAGAAUUCAGCCCCGCACCUCCUGGACGUGGACGGGGAGAGCGGGCUGCUCUACACCAAGCAGCGCAUUGACCGCGAGGCGCUGUGCCGGCGCAGCGCCAAGUGCCAGCUGUCCCUCGAGGUGUUCGCCAAUGACCAGGAGAUCUGCAUGAUCAAAGUGGAGAUUCAGGACCUGAACGACAACGCGCCAUCAUUCCCCUCUGACCAAGUGGACAUGGACAUCUCCGAAAAUGCUGCACCAGGCACCCGCUUCCCCCUCACCAGCGCCCACGACCCAGACGCUGGGGACAAUGGUCUGCGCACCUACCUGCUCACUCGUGACGACUACGGCCUCUUCUCCCUCGAUGUGAAGUCCCGUGGUGAUGGCACAAAGUUUCCGGAGCUGGUCAUCCAGAAGCCACUAGACCGCGAGGAGCAGAGUCACCACACCCUGGUGCUGACGGCAUUGGACGGUGGUGACCCACCGCGCUCAGGCACGGUGCAGAUCAAUGUGCGCCUCAUUGACUCCAAUGACAACAGCCCCAUCUUUGAGGCAGCCUCCUAUGUGGUAGAGCUGCCAGAGAACGCGCCGCUAGGCACGGCAGUCAUCGACCUCAAUGCCACUGAUGCCGAUGAGGGUACCAAUGGAGAGGUGCUCUACUCCUUCAGUGGCUACGCACCUGAGCGCGUCCGUGACCUGUUUAGCAUCGACCCACAGAGCGGCCUCAUCCGUGUCAAGGGCAACCUGGACUAUGAGGAGAGUGGCCUCAUUGAGAUUGAUGUCCAAGCUCGGGACCUGGGGCCAAAUCCCAUCCCUGCUCACUGCAAGGUCACUGUCCGCCUCAUCGACCGCAACGACAAUGCUCCCACCAUUGGCUUUGUCUCCGUUCGCCAGGGAGCUCUGAGUGAGGCUGCCCCACCAGGCACUGUCAUUGCCCUGGUGCGGGUCACCGACCGAGACUCAGGCAAGAACGGACAGCUCCAGUGCCGGGUGCUGGGCGGUGGCGGCGGGCCUGGUGCCGUUCCUUUCACCCUGGAGGAGAACUAUGACAACUUCUACACUGUGGUCACCGACCGACCCCUGGACCGUGAGACGCAGGAUGAGUACAAUGUGACCAUCGUGGCACGUGAUGGGGGCAAUCCCCCACUUAACUCCACCAAGUCAUUUUCUGUCCGGAUCCUUGACGAGAAUGACAACCCACCCCGCUUCAGCAAGAAUCUUUAUGUGUUGCAGGUGCCUGAGAACAACAUCCCUGGAGAGUAUCUGGGCUCAGUCUUGGCCCAGGAUCCUGACUUAGGCCAAAAUGGGACAGUGUCUUACUCCAUUCUGCCUGGGCAUGUGGGAGAUGUCUCCAUCUACACCUAUGUCUCUGUCAACCCCACAAAUGGUGCUAUUUACGCUCUGAGGAGCUUCAAUUAUGAGCAGACAAAGCACUUUGAGUUCCGCGUGCUGGCCAAAGACUCGGGUUCACCCCACCGUGAAAGCAAUGCCACAGUGCGUGUCACCGUGCUCGAUGUCAACGAUAACGCACCCCUCAUUGUCCUGCCCGCCCUCAUCAACGACACUGCUGAGCUGCAGGUGCCACGCAAUGCUGGGGUGGGCUACCCCGUGGGCACCGUCCGCGCCCUGGACAGUGACUUUGGGGAGAGUGGGCGCCUGACGUAUGAAAUUGUGGAAGGCAAUGAGGAGCACCUCUUUGAGAUGGACCCCACCAGUGGUGAGAUACGCACCUUGCACCCCUACUGGGAGGAGCUCAGCCCUGUGGCUGAACUGGUGGUAAAAGUCAGUGACCAUGGCAAGCCCAGCCUCUCUGCUGUGGCCAAGCUCAUAGUCAGGGCCUUGGCGGGGCCCCUGCCCGAGGCUGGCGAGCCGCAGGUGAACGGCGAGCAGCAUCGGCGGCCGCACUGGGACUUGUCGCUGCCGCUGAUUGUGACACUGAGCACUGUCUCCAUCAUCUUGCUGGCUGCCAUGAUCACUAUUGCUGUGAAGUGCAAGCGAGAGAACAAGGAGAUCCGCACCUAUAAUUGUCGCAUUGCCGAGUAUAGCCACCCUCAGCUGGGAGGAGGGGGAGGCAGUGGCGGGGGAGGAGGAGGCAGUGGCAGUGGAGGGGGCAAGGGCAAGAAGAAGAAGAUCAGCAAGAAUGACAUUAUGCUGGUGCCCAGUGAGGGCGAGGACAGCCGGGGUCCCCUCAAUGUCAUGAACGUGGUGAGCAGCCCAUCCCUGGCCACCUCACCCAUGUACUUUGACUACCAGACCCGCCUGCCCCUCAGCUCUCCCAGGUCUGAGGUGAUGUACCUGAAGCCCGCCUCCAACAACCUGACUGUACCCCAGGGACAUGUGGGCUGCCACACCAGCUUCACAGGGCAAGGGACUAACGCCAGCGAGGCUCCCCCGAGCCGGAUGUCCAUAAUUCAGACAGACAAUUUUCCCGCAGAGCCCAAUUACAUGGGCAGCAGGCAGCAGUUUGUUCAAAGUAGCUCCACGUUCAAGGAUCCAGAAAGAGCCAGCUUGAGGGACAGCGGGCAUGGGGACAGUGAUCAGGCUGACAGUGACCAAGACACUAACAAAGGCUCCUGCUGUGACAUGUCUGUUAGGGAGGCACUCAAGAUGAAAACUACUUCAACUAAAAGCCAGCCACUUGAACAAGAACAGCAAGGCAGAGGCCAAAGACCCAUUGUUGGGAUCUGUGGACCAGCCCGCUGUGAGGAUGGAAAAUUUUCAGAGCAAGAAGAAUGUGUUAACUGCACAGAUGAAUGCAGAGUGCUUGGUCAUUCUGACAGGUGUUGGAUGCCACAGUUCCCUGCAGCCAGUCAGGCUGAGAAUGCAGAUUAUCGCACAAAUCUCUUUGUACCCACAGUUGAAGCUAACGUUGAGACUGAGACAUAUGAAACUGUGAAUCCCACUGGGAAAAAGACUUUUUGUACAUUUGGGAAAGACAAGAGAGAGCACACUAUUCUCAUUGCCAAUGUUAAACCUUACUUAAAAGCCAAACGUGCCCUGAGUCCUCUGCUUCAGGAGGUUCCCUCAGCAUCGAGCAGCCCAACCAAGACAUGCAUUGAGCCUUGCACCUCAACAAAAGGACCACUGGAUGGUUGUGAAGUGAAAUCAGGAGCCUUGGCUGAACCAAGCAGCCAGUACUUGUCAACUGACAGUCAGUAUCUAUCGCCCAGUAAACAGUCAAAGGACUCUUCCUUCAUUGCAUCAGAUCAGAUGGCUAGGGCCUUUGCAGACGUGCACUCCCGAGUGAGCCGAGACUCCAGUGAGAUGGACUCUGUUCUGGAGCAGUUAGACCGUUCAGCCCGGGAUCUAGGCAGGGAGUCGGUGGAUGCCGAGGAAGUUGUGAGAGAAAUAGACAAGCUCUUGCAGGACUGUCGGGGAAGCGACCCUGUGGCCGUCAGAAAGUGAGGGGGAAAAUAAGGACAGGCUGGCAGUCGCAUUCCUCUUCUGCUGAUUGAAAGUAAAUAAAUAAAUUCCCUGGUUGUAACAGAAUUACAGGAAUGAAGGAAGACCAAUGCUGCUUUAAGGCUUUUAGUGAACAUCUGAAGUGCCCACAAGUAUGUUCUUUUCACUGCUCUUUCUUUUUGACAGAUAACACUGGUUUCAUUUUGACCAAACUUUCAUUAGGACAGAGUCAAGUAUACCAAGAACAAAAUGAAAGAAGGAAAGACAGUGCCAUUUUGACAAUCUGAUAGGAAAGUGUGAGAAAGAUGGAAUGGAAAUACGUCUGAUACUUUAAGACUGUCCUCAAUAGCUGAUGCUGACUUUACUGUUUACGUAUAAACCCCAAGAAAAACAGGGUUUAAUAAUGCUGAUCUGUGGUGAAUUUCCAGCAGCUGCCACAGGCUUCUACUGAAAGUCCUAUAAAGAGUUCUUGUAGUAGUCCAAGCGACACCAAACAUUAACAUUCAUUUGUGGUAAACAUUUAUGUACAAAGUUAUCUGCCACAAAUAUGAAAUACGAAAAAAAAGAAAAAAAAAAGAACAAUAAAACAAAAAGAACCAUUCCAAAUCAUUGUUCAAGAAAACAUAUCCUCAUCAUUAAUGAAACACUACAUAUCAUAUUAAGGUUAAAUGUAAAAAUAUAUAGUCCAUCUUGUCCUGCACACACAUAAGCUAAUUCACUUGAUAAAAUUUAAAAAAAAUAUUUUAAUAUCUAUUUAGCAUUUUAGUGUCCAACAAAGCUAUAAGUAGUUAGUGAUAAGUUAAAAAAAUAAAAAAGGAAAGGAAGUGAAAUAAAGUUUGGGAAAAAAAGAGUUACCUUAACGGUAAUACAGAAAAGAAAUUAACAUUAUUAACACUUUUUUAUUCAUUUGUGGACACUAAAAUAGCUCAGGAAAGUGAAAAUGUCAGACAUCCACAAAAAUCACAUGGUCAUUUAAAUGUGCAAAUGUAAGAAGAUUCAGUGUGUUUACAUCAAAUGACAUAUUUUUAUUGAUUUAUUGCAGAUUCAGUGCAUAUGAGCCAAAUUGUUGAGUGUAUAAGAGCUAUAUUGUGUAUUUUAUUAAAUUAAUAUAUAGUUGUGUUGCAAAAAUAUUUGGGCUUAUAUUGUAAAUGGCAAGUGUUGCCUCAGUAGCUGUCGAACUCUAUGAGUUUUGUUUUUUCCUGCUUCCUUUUCCCCAUGGAAUAUGGGAAGCAGCGCCUCAGAGCAAAGUCUCUUGUUUAAUGUAUGGUCUACGAAGUACUGCAGUACAUAAUCUGUUCAAAAUAUGUUUGAGUGAGCUGAUGGAGCUAACUGAACAGCCUACAAAUACAUCCAUCAGUCAUGGUUAUGUGCAAGUCCUUGUAGAAGCUUCUAUUGCAAGUCCAUGUUUAAUAACAAAAAUUACACUCGAACCAACACCUGGAACCUCCUUGGGUUUGGUUUUUUUUCCCCCAACACAUGCAGCCAGCCUUUCAAUGUAGGAUACUUGACUGAAUUCUUCAGAGAUGCCACCAUUUUAAAAGUUUUGAUAUUAAGUUUAUAGAGCUGAAAAUUAUGUCAGUGCCAAUGUGGCAUGAGCAGUAUUUUAUCUGAUUCUUUAGAAUGUGCAAUAGCUUACUGAAGUUCUAGAUAAAUACUGCUUAUUCUGGGGGGGUGUUUUUAGUUAGGUUUUCACUUGGUCUGUAUAAUAUUUGCAGAAUAACUUAAAAUAACUUGGGAUAUAGUUUUUACUUUUUAUUAUUGUUUUUAAGAAUGUUUUUAUUGCAUUUGAAAAUUUCAAAAUUGAAUUAAACUUGGAAAAAAACAAAUGAACUUACGGAGUACAAGAAGAAGCAGAAGAAUAAAAUGUUUAGCUCAGGAUUUGUCCCUUAUAUACUUUAGAUACUCUGCUGGAAAUACCACUAUGGCACAUUGUUUAAAAACUAUGAAUUUGGUUUCUUAGAUUUAAUCUUAACUAUAAAAACAUUUAUAAAAGGGGUUGGCAAUCUGAAAUACCACAAGCCAUAGUUUUUUAUCAAUUCAAAAACAAAAGUUGACCCAACAGCCUAUUUUAGUCUAGGGAUUUCAUUUAAAUGGUGAUCUUAGCUAGUCAGUCCUACAAUGAAUUGUCUUUGGGAGACACCGAUUCUGACAAUUUAGUUUGCUUUUAGCUCCUGUUAAAAAAUGUCUACAAUUACAUGCAAAAGGAAGGAUCUUGUACAUGUCUUAUCAAGCUACUCUCCAUGUUUUGGACAAUUUAUGUAUCUAAAACGUGGUGUUGUCUGUGUUAUAUAAUUUUGUUUCGUUUUUUUUUUUUUUUUUUCUUUUUGGCCAGGAGACUCAAGAUUGGUUUUGCUUGAUAGCUUGAUAGCUUGAAAUUCCAUAGUGGAGAGGAUUCUUAUCGUUUGAUCAGUCUUUUCUACGUAUUUCUGUGGUGCCCAUCACUUCAGUGUCUGUGCACCAAGUCUUUAGCUCUGCCAGUGAGAUCCAUUAUUCAGCAAAAUCUACGCCAGUAUGUAAAUGCAGUCAAGUGAUGGAGAUUUGUGUAUUUUAUAAAUGAUUUUAACACUGAGUAACCAAUUGUACAAUUCAUUGUAUGUUUCUGAAGACAUAAAAACCACAACAUUCUGAGAAAGGGCUGUGCCAAUGUAAGAGGAAUUUACCUUAAGGCUCUCUGUCACUAGUGAUUUACUAGCUUUAGCUGUUUAACACAUUAUCUGUAUUUAGUAGUGAUUAUUUAUUUACCACUCUGAGGUAAUUCAGAAUUCAUGACUCACAGCUUUAUAGAGGAGUUUAGGAAAUCUUGCUUUUAUUUAAUUUGUCUUUCAACUGCCUUGUUUUGUACAACUCUGGCAUACUGCUUCCCAGUAUAAGAUUAUCCCAGGUUAAAAAAUUUAUUUCACAAUUUAAAAUGGAUACAUAAUGAACCAGUAAAUCGGCAGAGCUUAUACAAUGUGAGUUUUGCUGGUUCGGUCAAAAUUAACAUGAUUGUGUGUGAAGGACAUACUGCACACAAAAGAUUUUAAAGUGUUUUUUUUCUCCGUGGUAUCUCUACUAUCACCAUUGGAGAAAGAGGCAGGAAUGAAAGAUAAAGUUUAUGAGUUAUUUCUCUCAUUUUUUACACACAUGCUUUAUAAGACUGAAAGGAAAUAUCUGUCACAAGAGUAUAAAAGGAAAGUUGGAGUUAAGAGAGGCAAGUAAAGCAACUAAUAAACUUGUACUGUACACUGUGAAUAGCGAAUAAGGCAUUCUGUAUCUUUUUUUAAUUAAAAAAAGCCAGCAAUUGGGAGUUCCUUAUACAGUUGGCCAAUCAAAUCAGAACUCAAAAUCAGACCUUUCUUUUUUCCCUUUUUUUCCUUUAAUUGGCAUAUUUAUCAGGAAACAGAUUCUCCUGAACUGUGAUUUGCCACUGAAAGAUAGAGAUUUCCCAAUCCAAGUUACCCCUAGAAGUCAAACUUUGUUCAUAGUGGAGCAAGAUACCCCAUUCAAACAAGCUUUCAUGUUGCUUGCUGUCAAAUGGAAGGGAAAUUGCUGAGGUCAAGGAGGAGUCUGAAGCCUAGCAUAACAUACAUCCACUCAUUAUUGUUUAAUUGCUUUCUUUUGACAUCAGGCAGCAGUUAUUAUUGCAUUAAUUUAAAUGGGAGUUUUGGCUAUCAAGAUUUGUUGACUUGAAGUGUAAUUGAAUGAAAUCUGAUUAAGGUUUUGACUUCUCUGGCUCAAUUGUGAUACAGGUUGGCAUUCUCAUUUAUCAGCCCCUGUCUCCCCAUAUGGCUCAAAGUUGCACCAAUGACUGGUGAAUGACACAAAAAAACCAAACAAAAGCAGCAUACAUUGUAUGGAUUUUUCUCAACCGCUAUUGUUUAAUGGCUGUGUUUAAUGUGACCUAUCUGGAAAAUGAGGACUACGAAUAAAAAGCGAUUACUAAUA